AUGGAUAGUAAAAUCUGGGCUGAUGUCUACGCUCAAGCUUUGGAAGGUAAGAACCUCAAGGAAUUGUUGUUGAGUGCUGCCUCUGCUCCAGCUGCUGCCGCCCCAGCUGCUGCCGCCGGUGGUUCUGCUGCUGCCGCUGAAGAAGAAGCUCCAGCUGAAGAAGAAGAAGAAUCCGAUGACGACAUGGGUUUCGGUUUGUUCGACUAA